CCACAAACAUAUAGAGCACAAUCAAACAAUCCUCAUUCCUUUAGAAAAAAUAAAAAUAAACUAGUCAUCUUCCACCUAAAACAACGAUGGCGUUGUUACCAAUUCUGCACCUGCUCCUUUUACCAUUACUCAUCUAUCAAGCCACCAUUCCCUCAGCCGCUGUGGAUCCCACAAUAGGGUUCACUCGUCUCUCAUUAGAUAGCUCAAACUUUAUUGUUCAAAAGCCUUACGAUGUCUCACAAAGCGAGCGUUACAGCUUUAUAAACGGUGUGCACAAAUUUUGGAUAUACCCAACAGACAAGCCUUUUGAGACUGGCAGCUCAACACAACCAAGAACCGAGAUUCGUAUUAGGGGGUACGAUUAUACAUCUGGUGUAUGGCAAUUUGAAGGGCAGGGUUAUGUUCCAGGGGGCACAUCAGGAGUGUGUAUUAUGCAAGUGUUUGGUGCAAAUCCUACUUCGACAACCUCACAGCUUAGGGUCUAUGAUGGUUCAUUAAAUUAUUAUAGGGAUCCUGUUCUGUCUCCAAAUAUCUAUAAUAGGUGGUUCAAGGUGAACGUUAUUCAUAAUGUGGGUGCUAACAAUGUUAAGGUUUAUAUUGAUGGUGAUCUCAAGUAUGAUACUUCUGGUCGUGGAGAUGCCAAUCACUACUUCAAAUUCGGGGUUUAUGUUCAGAAUGAUCCUUCCAGCUACAUGGAAUCUCGUUGGAAAGAUAUUAAACUUUUUAGAAGAUAGAAGGAAAGUGUCAUCGUUUAAUAUUAGUACGUACUAAAUAAAUUUGAAUAAGACAAGACAAGCACAUGACUUGUUUACAUGUGACACUAAUAAUAAAUUUAGAGAACCUAAGACUAGAGAAUGAAAUACUUGUAUUGUUGUUCUGUUUGAUUACAUUAAAAAAAUAGUAAGAGUUCUAUAUAUAGUGAUAAAGGAAACUACUAUAAUUGGAA